AUGGAACCCACCACCACCACCACCACCAGCCACGAAAAGCCCACCCAAUUCCCCCAAUUCCCCGCCCUCCCCGCCGAGAUCCGCGAACAAAUCUGGACCAUCGCCCUCCUCGCCCCCCUGGCCCCAUCACCGACCACCACCACCCCCAACGCGCCCCGCCCCAUGCACAUCCGGCCCUUCAAGACCCUCUCCGUGGACCAGCGCCUCAUAGACUUCUACAGCUCCGUGCCCAUGCACCUGGCCCAGACGGCCACGGACCCCGACUGGUGGGAGAGCCCGCUGCUCGACCACCUGGAGCGCGACGCCGCCGCCGCCUGCCGGGAAAAGGUCGCCAUGGUCCGCCGCGCGCAGAUCGACUUCCAGGACCCCCCGCGCGGCGGGGGCUCCGGGACCGCGCUGGGCGUGUCGGGCCACGACAGCGGCGUGCUGGUGGCGGCCGAGGCCGCGAGGGAGCUCCGCCGCUUGAAGUGGCGGCUGGGUGAGCCGGAGGAGUGGGUGGAUUUGGAUAAGGGGUUGUGCUGCUUUUGGGAUGUCGAUUCCUCCAACGCCGCGAGGACGGAGCCGUGCAGCCACCCCAGGCUGGUUCCGAGUCUGGACCUGGCGGACGCGCUGAGCCUGGAGGACGGUCCCGUUGCCUGCCAGCGCGGGAGUUCCGGGAUGGUGAGAGGGUACUCGGGCUUGGUUACUGGUACCGCGCACUGCGAGGAGUUGGCCGUCAUGUGGUCGUCUGGGUUUUGUCCGAAGAUCCACGCUUCGAAGGAGCGCUUGGGGGACACACCGGCCUGUGAAGACUUCCAGAAGCAGCUGAAGGACUUGGUGAGCCGGCACCCCAAGUUGCAUACCCUGUACUUGCUUGACCCAUCGGUGAUGCCGAGGAAGUCCUUUGUGCCACCUGGCAGCGAGGUCAAGUUUCGUGGGGAUCAAGCUUCUUUCUAUGCCAUAGAUCUUUCACAGACUGAUGACUGGUCGGUCCCUCUGUUGGUAGCGCACCAAGUGGACGUGUUUGCAUGGGCUCAUUGUCUGGAAACACUGCUGUCCAAAGCUAAGAAGGAAACUCAGGCAGAGGGGAACAUCCAAGUAAAGGUCCUCGCUUGCGUACCUGACUGGGAUCCUCUACGCGCACUCACCAAGAUGCUUGAAGACCCUCUACCAGGAACUGAAGAAGGCAAUGCUUAUCUCACGAUUGCGGGUGCCCUCUUUGCGGCUGCAGCACUGUUAGGAUCAGCCCUACCUCGACAGGGUUGA